AUGACUCCUGCCGAAGCCCAAGAGGAGCGCGAGAAUGUCUACAGCCUAGACCUGAACUUCGCCGAACGCAUCCAAUCAUGCAUCCAGCGCUACCGCGCUCGCCGCCGUUUAGGUGCUUCCGAUCAGAUCUUCAACAAGUAUCUCUUUCUGGGGGGCAUCGACUCCACCCCUCGCAUGUUUGGCGGCAACAUUGAUGCCGAUCUCAAGGACAUGACACCGGCUGAGAAGCGGGAGGCAACGGCCAUUGACAUGGUUCACAGCUCCGGCGGUGGCGCUCGCUUCUACAACGACGAUGAUCCUGAAGGUUGGGAUGUCGACUUUGUCGGUGUAGUCGCGGGUUUCUGCUCCGAGACUCUGCCCAAAGAGAUGGCCUGGAAUUACGCGCACAUGGGCAAGGCGGUUGGCCUGAUUGAGAACUUUCUCACCUACAUCCUCCAGCAUGAUGUAUGCCCGGAGUAUGACGCCAAUGUCAAGGAAGCUCUGGAUCUCUGCCAAAAGGCCAAAGUCGACCUACCGUUGUCUCACCAAGCUCUCCUCCGGUUCCCUGGUCAAUUCAACCUGGCGCUGUCGGAGCUGUUUUGCAAGGACUUUUACUUCUUCGGAGACCGCGAUGAGUUCCAGCGUCCAGAAGAUUUCUCCCCCGAAGCCGUCUUUAAGGUUACCAUGGCAAUAACUGCCACCAAGGAGCAGUAUGAUGCCGCUACCAGUGGCCUGAAAGAUGGCACCAUUGAGGUCAUCGGCGAGGAGGAGUGCAGCGUCGAGAUCAUCUCUAUUCACCGGCCCACAAACGAGUCGCGCAAACUCACCCGGAGCAUCCUCUUAGGCAAGGGACAUCGAUUUGAGCCCGUUGGAAUAAUUGUCACGAAGCCCUGCGUCAUUGAGGAUGGCUAUGACUAUGGAGACGACAUCAGUUUGUCUGACGGACAGCGAGAUACCUUCUAUCUGGAAGACUCAGUCCUGCAGCGUCUGAAGCCAGGCUUCAAGCUACAACUCUGCGUCUGCGAGCUCAACAUUGGCAUCAAGUUCAUCAAGCAGGCUGGUCAGGUCCUCGUGGAGUGGUAUAGCUUCCUGCCGCAGAACCUCAUGCGACACUACAAGGAGCCCGUACCCAAUGAGCGCCCUGCCCCUUCGGCCAUCAAGGUAGACGAGGAGACUGGGAAGGAGAACACGAUUGGGAAAUAG